AGGAACGAGAGUAACUCUACCACUUCUGUCGAUCUGCAACCGUCAGCGAGGACAGGCUGCCGACUCUGAACCCGUCUCGACUUGCCAGACGCUAAUUCCACUUAGAAUUUGGAAUCAUGAGGGAAAUUGUUCACAUCCAGGCUGGCCAGUGCGGCAACCAGAUUGGAGCUAAGUUCUGGGAGAUCAUCUCCGACGAGCACGGCAUCGACCCCACCGGCGCGUACCACGGCGACUCUGAACUGCAGCUGGAGCGCAUCAACGUUUACUACAAUGAGGCAUCAGGCGGAAAAUACGUGCCCAGAGCCAUCCUGGUGGACCUGGAGCCGGGCACCAUGGACUCGGUCCGCUCGGGACCUUUCGGCCAAAUCUUCAGACCCGACAACUUCGUUUUUGGACAGAGCGGCGCCGGCAACAACUGGGCCAAGGGACAUUACACAGAGGGUGCUGAGCUCGUCGACUCGGUCCUCGACGUCGUUCGCAAGGAGGCCGAGGGCUGCGACUGCCUGCAGGGCUUCCAACUGACACACUCCCUGGGCGGCGGCACCGGCUCUGGAAUGGGCACACUCCUCAUCUCCAAGAUCAGGGAGGAGUACCCUGACCGCAUCAUGAACACCUACUCCGUCGUCCCUAGCCCCAAGGUGUCUGACACCGUGGUGGAGCCCUACAACGCCACCCUUUCCGUGCACCAGCUGGUGGAAAACACCGACGAGACUUACUGCAUCGACAACGAAGCCCUCUACGACAUCUGCUUCAGGACGCUGAAGCUGACGACCCCGACCUACGGCGAUCUGAACCAUUUGGUGUCUCUGACCAUGUCCGGCGUGACGACGUGUCUGCGCUUCCCUGGCCAGCUGAACGCGGAUCUGCGAAAACUGGCGGUGAACAUGGUGCCGUUCCCGCGUCUCCACUUCUUCAUGCCCGGCUUCGCGCCUCUGACCUCGCGAGGCAGCCAGCAGUACCGCGCGCUGACCGUUCCCGAGCUGACCCAGCAGAUGUUCGACGCCAAGAACAUGAUGGCCGCGUGCGACCCCAGGCACGGCCGCUACCUCACCGUGGCCGCCGUGUUCCGUGGCCGCAUGUCCAUGAAGGAGGUGGACGAGCAGAUGCUCAACAUCCAGAACAAGAACAGCAGCUACUUCGUCGAAUGGAUCCCGAACAACGUCAAGACCGCCGUGUGCGACAUCCCGCCCAGAGGCCUCAAGAUGGCCGCCACCUUCAUCGGCAACUCCACCGCCAUCCAGGAGUUGUUCAAGCGCAUUUCCGAGCAAUUCACCGCCAUGUUCAGGCGCAAGGCUUUCCUCCAUUGGUACACCGGCGAGGGCAUGGACGAGAUGGAGUUCACCGAGGCCGAGAGCAACAUGAACGACCUGGUGUCCGAAUACCAGCAGUACCAGGAGGCCACUGCCGACGAAGACGCCGAGUUCGACGAGGAGCCCGAGGCUGAGGUUGAGGAGAACUAAGCUAAAGCUGCUACUGGUCCUUAUAAUUCUUGUCAUCCUUUGAUACUAUGCCCAAAUCAGUCACGAUUUAAAUUGAUUAACAUCCAAUGUUGACGGCACACAACUCCAAAUGCGAUAUUUUUUCUUUCUACCAUUCCUACAAUGUGCAUUUAAAAUAAAGGCAAAAACUUGCUUAACUUAUAAA